UCAAUUAUUGAAGAUAUUAUGCCUAUUCUAGAACAAUUCGCUGAAGCUAUAGAAAAGUUGAAAAGGAGUAAAUAUUCAACUGUGAGUUACAUGUAUCCUGUGAUACAAAAAAUAAAAUCAAAUCUAAGUCUUUUUUUAAACCCUACUGAUGACAAUGAAAAUCCAGAUGAAUUAGAUGAUAUACGUUACGGCUAA